AUGCAGCUUUCCAGCCUAAGACCACAUGUGGUCACCUACAGCGCGACGAUGAGUGCCUGCGAAAAGGCCGGUGAAUGGCAAUCUGCGCUACUGUUGCUGGAGGCCAUGCGUCGAGUCGACAUACCACCUGGUGUUACAGCUUACAGUGCAGGCAUCAGUGCGUGUGAGAAGGGCACGCAGUGGCAGCGAGCGGUCUUUUUGCUGACUGAGGUCAUGCCACAGGCACAUGUAUUGCCCAAUGUUGUCGCCUACAAUGCGGGCAUCAGCGCCUGCCAGACGUGCAAUCACUGGGCCUAUGCCUUGCAGUUGUUGUACGACAUGCGAUGUGCACAUGGCGUGCAACCGGACGUCAUCAGUCUUAACGGAUGUCUUGGAGCCUGCGCGCUGGCGGUCCAAUGGCAACAGUGCCUGGCAUUGUUGGGCUCCAUGUCGGCCCAAGAUAUUGAGCCUGAUGUUACAAGCUACAAUAGUACCAUCAGUGCUUGCUUGAAAGGCGGCAAGUGGCAGCCAGCCAGGUACAGGUUCUUGCAGAGCCUUGCAAGGAACCAGCCGCAGGUGAGAGAAAAUGUGCUGGCUUCUGGUAUUAUAUAUACUACCCAGUCAUAG